AUGACGUCUAAUUGUGUACGACGAGUUCUUUUACCAAUUGAUGGUAGUGAACAUAGUAAAAGAGCAGUGAAUUGGUAUUUGUCAGAAUUUAGUAGACCAGAUGAUUUUGCCUAUUUCUUUCAUGUGGUUGAAGCAAAUUACUCCAAGUCUACUGCAAAUGAGACACAUGAUCAUGGAAAAGAGUUAAAUAUUAAUUUGGAUAAAAAUAUUAAAAUGUAUUCAGAAUUAGGUAAAAUACUUGGUGACAAAUUACAUGAUGAUUUGAAAAAUAGUCAUAUUCAAAUGGAAUAUGUUAUGCAAGUUGGAAGUAAACCAGGUGAGCUAAUAAUUAAUGCAGCUAAAGAACGAUCUGUUGAUGUUAUAUUGAUUGGAAAUCGUGGUUUAGGCGCAUUCAGACGUACAUUUUUAGGUUCUGUUAGUGAGUAUGUAUUACAUCAUUGUAA